GAAAAAAAAUCAAAAAACUUCCGAAUUUUUAUGAAAAUAAAUGUCUAACCAUCUGGAAACAAUCCGGAAUGCAUUUUUUCAUAGAUAAUCACAUUUAGCUUGUUUGGGCUCGCUUAAAAAUAUUUUGAGUUUUUAUAAAAUUCUGAUGUAUAGCACCACAAAAAUUAAGAAAAAAAUGUCAAGCUUUGAAAUUUUGGAAACUAAUGAUUGCAAAUCAACUAUUGAAUACUUUUUUUGGGUUGACCAACGGUCACCCUAGCGAUAAGGUCGUGAUUCCUUCUUCUUCGGGAACCCGGUAACACGGACUAGGAAUUUACGCACUUUUUCCGAAACCUAGCGCACCGUUGUCGACUGGGGUGUUUACGGCCAGUACAUAGUUUCCUUCAACACCGUCCGGACGUGAAGAAAAGCGGACCUUUUCUUCCAACGGGGAAGAAAAAUUUCUUGGUGCAAUAAAAAAUGGAUAAAUUUUAAGUUAAUUCCAAACUGAAAAGGAAGAACUUUUGUGCAAUAGUGGUAAUGCCUUGGUAGGCACGUGGAAAACGUUAAAUUAAAGCGCACAACUUCAAGUGAAAAUGGGUCACGUCAAGAAGAAAAAUUACACAACGGUUCAACGCACAAAUGGCCGCUGGUCAUUUCCGGGGGUGUGGAAUGAUCCGGCGAUUCGGAUACGCACAAAUCUGUUCUUGCUGCUGUUUGGGAUUAUUUCCGUGUCCGUUUUAAGCUACAGCGAAGCAGGCUACGCCUGUCUCAGCAAUCCGUGCGUCUACGGAGUCUGCAUAGACGACCUAAAUAGCACAUACUCCUGCUACUGUAUCGAUGGUUACACCGGAAUACACUGCCAAACCAACUGGGACGAGUGCUGGUCGAACCCGUGCCGGAACGGGGGCACCUGCGUGGACGGGAUUGCGGCCUACAACUGCACCUGCCCGGACGGGUUUAUCGGUCUCAACUGCGAGGAAAACUUCAACGAAUGUCUCUCGAACCCGUGCCAAAACGGCGGCAGCUGCCACGACCAGGACAACGCGUUCGUGUGUGCCUGCGCUCCGGGCUUCAUCGGCGAGUUCUGCGAGGUGGACAUCGCCGUGUGCGAUACCGGGGAUCGCUGCCACAACGGUGGCCAAUGUCUGGAGGGACCGGGGCUGGAAUUCAGCUGCCAAUGCGCGGAGGGUUACGAGGGCCGGUUCUGCGACCAGGAAACGAACGAGUGCGAAUCUUCGCCGUGCCAGAACGGGGGCAUUUGCAUCGACAAGUUUGCGAGUUACAUUUGCGCGUGUACGAUGGGAUUCACCGGGACGAACUGCGAGGAGGAGAUCAUGCUGUGCGAGAAUUCACCGUGUGCCAACCAGGCGUUGUGCUUGAUCGAGGAGAGUGAGCCUACGUGUUACUGUGUUCCGGAUUUUCACGGGGAACGCUGCGAGUAUCAGUAUGAUGAGUGUCAGCUUGGGCCGUAUCCGAGAUGUGUCAACGGAGGAACUUGCGUCGACGGGGUUGAUGAGUACUUUUGUACCUGUGCUCCGAACUUUACUGGAAGUAACUGCGAGUGUUUGGUAUUGGAGGACUCGUCGCUGGAUUGUAACUAUACCGCUCCGGAGAUGACCACGCUAGAGUACGUUUCUACGACGGGAUUCUUCGAAGAGCGGUUCAGCACUCGCUAUAGUAGUUUGGGAGUUGGUGAAGAAGAGGACGGUACGACAUCAGCAUCAAUGUAUCCCGAGGUAUCAAUGACCACGUAUCAACCCCCACUAGCGAAUGCCUCGAUUACGUACACAACCGUUGGGCAGGGAACUUCCGAGUUUGAGGGUGAAACUACCAAGUAUCAGGCUGAGGUAACGACUGGUCCGUACUCGACCCAACCAUCUGUUGUUUUCCCGGGCGAUGGAACAACAACCUCAAGAGAUUUGACAUCAAGUUCAGAUCAAGGAACGACAAUUGAAUCUGAAGUACGUACAGAAGCUGGAGUCACUGCUGGAGUUACUGGAGAUCGAACAACCCAACCGGGUGAGGUUACGACCUUGGGAUCCGAUGAUCAGGCAACUAGCGUGAAGCCAGAUGAAGUAACAUUGGUUACCUCCGAGCCCGGUGAAGCUCCAAUGACAGUGAAGGAAGAUUCCACGACUGCAUCUAGUGGAGGAGUAACUGAACCGGCUGAAGUGGGAUCGCAAACUACUGGAUCCGGACUUACCAUUCCUUCGCGAGACCUCAGUUCCUCAACACCAGAGUCGGUAACGGCUCCCGAACCAGACCGAUCUACCGAAGUCCCCGCCAUAGACGCUACCCUGACUCCGUUCUUCACGGAAACACCCGGCAACGCUUCCUCACAACCGAUUCCCACCGAAGAUCUGAUCCCCAAAUACGGAACCUCGCCAACUCCAAGCUACGAAACAACCUUCCCGUCAGCUAUCGAUCCGCUGUCUUCCACGUCUACCACCACAACCACCACAACCUCCACGACGACCCGCUCACCGGACGUGAUCAUCACCGAGUGCGACGACACGGUGUGCUCCAACGGCGGAACCUGCUCGAUGACCCCGAACGGCGUCAAGUGUCACUGCGAUUUCCGCUACAUCGGAACGUACUGCGACGUCCCGGUGAGCAUCCAGAACGCGGCGUUUUCGAGGGACUCGUUCCUGCGACACGUCAUCUACAAGAAGAACGAGAGCGGCUCGAUCAAUGUGACGAUCGGACAGGUGCUGGCGAUGAGCGUGCGGUUCAAGGCGAAGAUGACCUCGCGGGAGGGACUGAUCUUGCUGGCGGCGGCCGAAGGGAACGAGGGGAGUCACUACGUGGCGCUGUUCCUGCACAAGGGUCUGCUGCAGUUCCAGUUCUCGUGCGGGCUGCAGACGAUGCUGCUGAGCGAGAUCGAGGGACCGGUCAACAACGGUUACGAGCUGAACAUCAAAGUGGAGUUGAACUUCAACGAUCGCUACAGCCACUGCAACGCAUCGCUGCACGUGAACGAAACGCUGGCAAUGAGCGGCGAGCAACCGACCUGGUUGAGAAGUGUAGAUCCGUUUGCCGAUUAUGGCAGCACGAUUCCGAUCAAGCAGAGUUGGUUGCACCUGGGAGGACGACCGAUUAAGACGAUGUACACGCUGAGUCACAACAUCUCGCGGUAUCAGGGAUUUACCGGGUGCAUUUACGAGCUGGAGGUCAACCGGAAGCCGGUGGCGAUCUUCGACAACGCCGAGGACGCCUACCGGAUCUACGAGUGUACGUCGCUUGCGUGCCUCUCCAGUCCGUGUCGUAACGGCGCAGUCUGCGUAGAAGAGGACGGAUUCAGCUUGGAGAAGCGCUACAAACCGAACGGUCAGUCCAACUGGAGCUGCAAGUGUGCGUUUGGAUACAUGGGCAAGACCUGCGAGCGAUCGAUCUGUGACAACAAUCCGUGCAGGUUUGGUGGGACGUGCGUAACCUUCCCCGAGAGUGGAUACCUGUGCCUGUGUCCGUACGGAAAGCACGGUCACUUCUGCGAACAUGAUCUUGACAUUCUACAGCCGUCGUUCUUCGGUAGUAUCAAGGGACUGUCCUCGUACGUAGCGUACCCGAUAUCGUUCCCACUGGAAGAUCGGUUCGAGUUUAGCUUCAAGAUCAUCCCGACGACCACGUCGCAGAUUUCUCUGCUGGCGUUUAUGGGCCAGAUGGACGAUCAUACCGAGCGGGGUGAUCACUUCUCCGUCAGCUUCAUUCAAGGAUUCAUCUUGGUAACGUGGAAUCUCGGAAGUGGUCCUCGAAGGAUCUUCACGCAGCAACCGGUCCAAGUGCAAGCAGCACGUCCCACCACGAUCAACGUAGGACGGAAUGGCCGCAUGGCCUGGCUGUCGAUCGACGGAAAGGUCAACAUAUCCGGGAAUUCGCCAGGAAGCAGCAGCAAGCUGAACGUCGCCCCAUAUCUGUACAUCGGAGGUCACGAGCAUACUAACUUCUCCAAUCUACCCCACGAUCUACCGCUGCAUUCCGGCUUCCAGGGAUGUCUGUUCGACAUUCACAUAAUCGCCGGUCCGGUACAUAUCCCACUGCAGCACAUCGGAGGAAUGCGUGGACGCAGCGUAGGUCAGUGCGGAACCAAGGAGUGUCAUCGGCACGCUUGCCAGAACAACGGAGCGUGUCUCCAGCACGGAUCAACGUUCACCUGCAUCUGCCAGGAGGACUGGAAUGGUUUGCUGUGCUCGCAGAAGAACAACCCGUGUGACGAAAGCAACAAGUGUUCAGCGGAAGCGCAGUGUUUCCCACUGAUAUCCGGGUACGAAUGCGACUGUCCGUUCGGGAAGAUCGGCAAGCGCUGUGAAUCGAAUCUAAAGUACCUGAGUGACGUAUCGUUCUCCGGUCGACGGAGCUACCUUGCGCUCAAGUGGCCAGCAAUGAGCAGUGAUUACAACUAUCUUGAAAACGAGGUUCGCUACGAGAAGAUCAUUCAACCUUCAAGCUUGAUGUCGCAGAAUCAGUCGAUCCUGCUCAAGUCGAUCAACGAGCUGGACAAGCUCAACGACGUGCUUAAAAUCAGUACCAACGAAUCCGCUACAAACCUACUGUACGCACACACGAUGACCGCUCGAUCCGGGAACUACCGUCAACUGAAGAUCCGCUAUCUAGCGAUCGAGCUACAGGUGCGACCCCUCUCCGAGAAGGGACUGCUCUUGUUCGUCCGCACGUUUGACUCAAACGAGCAAAAGCAAGGAUUCAUCAGCUUAAGCUUACAAGGAGGUGUCAUCGAGUACCGCGUAUCCUCCGCUCAGUCCCAAACCUCCGUCGUCCGUAGCAACCACGUGCUCGCGAUCGGCGAGUGGCACAACAUCAAGAUCGUCAAGUUUGGCAAACGACUAACCCUGUGGGUCGAAGGCAAAAGCAGCUCCAUCAUGGGCUCUGUCCGCGAAGAGUUCAUCAACCCCAACACCAAGGUUUACUUCGGCGGACUUCCAGAUCUAUCCCAAGUCCCGUACGACGCAAUGUCCGGGUUCCCAAUCCCGUUCCGGGGUUGUAUCCGAAGCGUCAACCUCAACGGAACUCGCAUCACGCUGAACGAUACCAACAUUUUGGAAGCGCGUAACAUCAACGACUGUGACGGCACGCCGUGUGGUGGUGACCUGUGUGCCAAAGGUGGACUGUGCUGGUUGGACGAGUACUCCCAGCCGCACUGCAAGUGUCCGGAAUACUCGAAAGGGGUGAACUGUGAAAUCCAAGAAUCGUGUGAAAUCAUAAAGUGUCGCAACAACGGGCAGUGCUUAAAGAGUGGACGGUGCAGUUGUGGGAUCGGUUGGACGGGGUAUUACUGUGAAAUCACUACGACCAAGUUUUCCGCACUCGGGUUCAACGAUCGAAGCUACAUCCUAAUUCCGUCGCAGAAGAUCAAGAUGAAGGAUAAGCGGCAGGGUGAAUCGGGUAGUUUUAGUGCGCGGUUGGAGCUGCAGAUAUCGUUCAACAUUUCCACGCUGGACGAUGGAGUGAUCUUCUGGACGACGGAUAAAAACAGUCGGUAUUUUGGGUUGGGUGUUCAAAAUGGGUUCGUGACCGUGGCAAGUAAUAUGGUGGAAGAGGAAACGAAUCUAACGGCUGUGGCAAAUCCCUGGAAAGCUUAUGUAGCGGAUGGGGACUGGCAUAACAUCCGGUUGGAAACGGAUAACGGGCUGGUGCACGUACUGGUGGAUGAAUAUCCGCUGUUUUCCGAGUUGAGAUUAGCGGCGGAAGUUAAGAACAUUGAGCUGACCACGCGAUACUCUUCGGAUGAGGCGACGUAUUUGGGUGGAUUCCCCGAGGAGAACGUCUUCAACCGAACGCACGGCCGUUUCCGAAACGCCUUCAGCGGCUGCAUCCAGAGCAUAUAUCUGGCCAACAAUCCGGAAGAGCUGGACUACACGGCGUACGAGGGGGCCAACAUUAACGAGUGCGAAGUUUGAAACAAUGUUUGACCACUUUAAACUGCACUGUUGAUGCAAUGCUAGUAAUGGUCCCUGGUAAGGAAUUCGAACUUAUGCGGAUCUAAAAUACUGUAAUUAGCUCAAGUAGCGUAGUGUAGAAAAUCGACAAGAAAAACGGGCGAAAAUUUCUCUAAUUUAUUUUCCCAUUCUGAGGUAUUUGGAAGUAUUAAACAUCAUUUCGACAAAAUCAUCGUUUCGUUGCAAGGAAACCCAUACUAUGUACUAAAUGUAAUUAUAAGUUAAUGUAACAGUUAGUGACUAUCGUUUUCAAGUUUACCGUGAGUAAUAAAUAAAACAUAAAGAAAACCCUCUUAUCUUACAUUUUGAUUAAUUCAUAAACUAGCCUCAC